GACCCCAGGCGACAUGGCCCUCCUGCUGCCCGUCCUGCUGGUGUUCCUCCUCUGCCUGACCAGCGCCCUUUACUACCUUGGAGCUUUCCGGAGGAGACGCCCUGGAGAGCCCCCGCUGGACAAAGGCCCCCUGCCCUGGCUGGGACACCUGCUGGACUUCCGCAGGCACCCUGCUAACUUUCUGCAGAAGAUGCAGAAGAAGCAUGGCAACAUCUUCACGGUGCAGUUUGGGGGGCGGUACUUCACCUUCCUCAUGGACCCCUUGUCCUUUGGAUCCGUGAUCAGGGAAGCGGAGAAGCUGGACUUUAGCAUAUUUGCAGAGCAGAUGGUCAAGAGGGUGUUUGGCUAUCACGCGCUGGAGGAAGACCACAAACUGGCUCUGUUGUCCACUAAGAAGCACCUGAUGGGGGACGGCUUGGUGCUCAUGACUCAGGCCAUGAUGACCAAUUUGCAGAAGCUGAUGCUGCACGGCCUCGGCUCGGCCAAGGGGACGGACCCCUGGACUGAGGACGGCCUGUACCGGUUCUCCUACAACAUUCUUUUCCGGGCCGGCUUCUUGGCUAUUUUUGGCACAGCCAGCUCUGAGUCAGCGGGCACCCUUCAGAAGGCGGACGAGCAGGACCGCCUGGAGUCUGAGGAGCUCUUCCUCGAGUUCCGUAAGUACGACCAGCUCGUCUCCAGCCUGGCCUAUGGAGUGUUGCCCCCCAGGCGUAAGAUGGAGGCCGAGAGGCUGAAGAGGCUCUUCUGGAGGGUGCUGUCUGUGGAGAAGGUGCUGGAGAAGGACAACACCAGCCGAUGGGUGACGGAACAGUGCCAAGAAAGGGAGGAGCUGGGCGUGCGGCGGCCCAUGCUGGGCAGGUUCAUGUUGGUGCUUCUCUUUGUUUCACAGAGCAACACGGGACCCUCCGCCUUCUGGCUGCUUUUUUACCUCAUGAAGCACCCCGAAGCCAUGAAGGCCGUCCAGGAGGAGGUGGACGGGGUCCUGAAGGAAACUGGCCAGCAGGUCUACCCUGGAGGCCCACCUAUUGACCUCACAAGAGACAUGCUCCUCAGGACCCCUGUGCUGGACAGCGCCGUGGAGGAGACGCUUCGGCUGACGGCAGCUCCGCUGCUCACGCGUGCCGUCAUGCAGGACAUGAAGCUGCAGAUGGCAGAUGGCAGGGAGUUCGCCCUUCGAAAGGGGGAUUGGAUGUCUCUCUUUCCGUACAUCGCGGCCCAGAUGGACCCCAGCGUUCAUCCUGAGCCCCACACCUUCAAGUACGACCGCUUCCUCACGCCCCAGGGCACCAAAAAGACCAACUUCUAUAAAGAUGGCAAAAAGCUGAAGUUCUACAACAUGCCCUGGGGGGCCGGGGUCUCCAUGUGCCCGGGCCGCUUCUUCGCCACCAACGAGCUCAAGCAGUUUGUCUUCCUCAUGCUGACGUACUUUGAUUUGGAGCUGCUGAGGCCUGAUGAGGAGAUCACCGCCGCCGACAUGACCCGCUGGGGUAUUGGCUUAACGCAGCCCACCCGAGAUGUCCGCUUCAGAUACCGACUGAGGAUUUAGGGGUGGUCUGUGUGAGUCCCUCAUCUCCAGCACGGCUUGAAUGGAAUGGGGGGCACAAGGCAGAUCCUGGGGUCCAAGUGCAGGUCGGUCUUGGGUUGAUUAUAGUGCCUUUCCCUAGUAGCCUUCAGGGUCCGAGCUUUAG